CAACACUCUGUGUUUACUCUCAUAAGUCGAGGUUUAUACCCCCAGAGAAUACUUGGCAGGUGCAAUUUCUGCAGAACGCAAUAAGCUGCUUACUACGGAGAUCCAGUGGGGCUCCGAUGCUAUCUCCGCCAUCUUGUCCUUAUUCCGCAUACCAGGAGUCUCCCAGAACAGGAGUUGACCGCUGACUACAUUGACGCCUGAACGACAGGCUUUAUCGUGAAAGAUGAUGCAAUUUGGGAUGCUUCAAGGCGCAGCCAAGCUGCAGAAAGUUACUCAGUUACUGGCGUCUCUCGAGAAGGACUUAAAGGAGAGCACUUUGACAUCUCAGCAAAGAGUGCAGACUCUCCUAGAGCUACGGCAACAUGGCACAAACCCCAAAGAUGCUGAUCCAAUCUAUUCCAAGGAUGGGUUCGAAAUUCUAAUGAAAUACGGCGUGGACGGAGAAAUCGCUGACGUUCGCCGGUCUGCUUUGCGCUGUGUCGCGAAUGCUCUAUUGUUAAAUCCGAACAUGCGUCAGGUCUUUGUAGACACUGGAUACUCUGGUAGGCUUGCAGAGGGACUCAAGUGUGAUGCCUCAGAUGAUGAAAUGAUGGCCAGUCGGAUUUUAUUAUUUUCUUCAGACAGGAGUACGAUGGAUGUCGAGAAACUCGUUAACGAACAUGCAUUGGGAAUCAAUCUCAAUUAUCAAAUUUCCCGACAUGCAGCCCAGUUCCCCGAGUCAGGGAAAGCGGCCCUGUCUCAGAUGGACGAAUUGGCUUUGACUGAUACCCUGAAAUUAACCUACCUGGUUGCCUCACGCAAUGCUAAAGCGGCCGAAAUUUUCUCGCCAUCGUUCCCUCAUAUGUUUGCGAUCCUUAGUCGUGCUGAUAUUCCCGCUAAGCCGUUAGAUGAAGUCGUCGGCCAACUGAUUAAUUGUAUUUCGGUCCUUGACAAUGAAGGGGGAAAGGUCAAACAGCUAGAAGACGGCAUUCUCUUCCCAGCAACUAACGAGAACGGGAUCGUUGACAAACUGAUCAAAGUCCUGGAUAAAACCAUUUCUGUCUACAGCCCAGCUGAACUCGAAUCGAGAGCAAUCCCACUCCUCUACACCCUCAUCGUGGUCUGCGAAAGAGCGCCAAAUGGACCUCGCGAACACAUGAAGCAGCUUCUCCUACCCGAAAGCGAGAAUCGAAGCCAGCCAAUAGGGAAAUCAGACACACUCCCUUCAAAACUGCUGGAAACCACAAAGUCACCGUAUUCGCAGUUGAGGAUAUUAAUCUUUGAGCUCAUGUUUGUCCUUUCUGACAGGGAUGCUGAGGCCCUCACGAAGAAUAUUGGGUACGGAUAUGCCUCUGGAUUCCUGGCAACUCGUGGCAUGGAAGUUCCCAAGAUGGGCGGGGAGGGAGAGUCGGGUGGACUGAAUCCAGAAAUCAACCCGAUUACUGGCCAGAGGUGGUCUGCCGAGCCACAAGACGCGGAGCCACCUAUGACCAGAGAAGAGAAGGAGAAGGAAGCGGAAAGACUCUUUGUGCUCUUUGAAAGGGCUAGAGCGAAUGGAAUCUUGAACGUGGAGAAUCCUGUCCGAGUGGCACAACAGGAAGGAAGAUUUGAAGAGCUAUCUGAUUCCGACGACGAAUGAACCUAAGUUCUAGGGGUCUAUGCCCGAUGUCUUUGGAACUGGAAUACCCAGUCUCUGCCACUUCGUGCUUUGAGUCAUAUUGGAUCUCGACCAUAUUGCCAGAUUUAUAAUAGAUAAUCGAUCUAUCUAAAUACACAUAUCGCAUUGAAUCUCGACGCU